AUGUCGGGUCGUGUGUUGAUCAGCUCGGGAUCCGAAUUCGAAGCCCAGAUCGGAUACUCGAGGGCCGUCGUCACCGGGGAAUGGGUAUUCGUCUCUGGCUGUACUGGCUAUGACUAUUCGACCGGCUUGAUAUCCCCGCUAGUCUCUGAGCAGGCGGAGCAAGCGAUGAAGAACGUGGCCAACGCCUUGAAAGAAGCAGGCGUGGGUAUGGAGGACAUCGUCCGGGUGCGUUACAUCCUGCCGGACCGUGCGCUUUUCAAGGAGACGUGGACUGUGCUGCAGAAGUGGCUCGGGGACGUCCGGCCUACGGCGACCAUGAUUGAAGCUGGGUUGAUGGAAGAGAUCAUGAAGUUCGAAGUCGAGGUCACCGCCCGCAAGGUUGCAUCUGGCCCGAACCCGGGCCAACCUCCCCUGUAG